UGUUUAUGAGGCGCUGGCACUCUGUAUGCUCGCCUGAACAAUCAGCAAUAUGCUAAAUGGAAAAGCGCACAAGUCCGGAGAAAAUCCUGAACCUUGCCCGGCGGGUGGCAGUGGGGUGGGUGGCGAAAGCGGUAGCGGGAGUGGCAGAAGGUCCGCCGCUUGCGUUAAGAUCGACAUUAGCACUUGCCAAUCGAAUCAUCCGAUGAACGUGGUAAUGGGCCCCGAGAAGCUUAACCCAACGGGUGGGGGCGCCGGCGGAGGACUCCUGGUAGUGCCCACACAUCACAAUCUGCAGCUCGAUAAAAUUUCCGUGCGCUCGAUUAGUUCCGAGGAUAUAUCGAGUGGCGGGAAUGGAAAAUGCUGCAGUGCCGCUGCCCGUAAUCCGGCCAUAAAAACGGGACGGCGCCUGCAACUGAUGCAGAUGAUAAUUCUACCAUUUAUACCAAUAUUGGCGUUGAUUGUGCAAACAUCGGUGUCACUGCAAGAGAUCCUGGAGUACCGUUCCGCCGUGGCAGACAUUGAGACCCAGGUAACAAUUGCCACGGACUUGGGAAAAGUAGUAACCCGCCUUCAGCUGGAACGGUCUGAGGUGGCCUUCUAUAUUUUCACCAACGGGAGCAAGGAGCGAAACAACCUGACACAGCGUUUUACAAACACGGAUCAUGCUCUCAACAACAUGACAACCUGGAAUGAGAUCAGCGUGCCAACGGCUCCCGACGAGGAUGAAGACGAUCGGGAGAUGAUGCUGACCCGGACAGACUUUCAGAGCAGGCUGUCAGAUUUUCGUAAUCGUGUGCGCUUGGAGCCAGAAGAGAGCUCCAUCACCGAGGUCAUGAACUGGUACACGUCCAUCAAUAGAGGAUUACUGCACCAUCUAAACGAGCAAAUCAAGGAAACGGACAACAGUGGUGUUUGGCGCUAUCUAGUAGGUUUUAAGAACCUUUUGAAAAGCAUAGAGUGCCAGAACAUAGCCACAUCCUUCGGCAUUCGUUACUAUGGCAGAGGAUCCCUAACGGCCGAGAAUUUCGUGUCCUACGUACGUUAUGAGUUCAUGGCCCGGGAAAUGAUCAACUCCACUUUGAACUACGCUCCCAUGCUGAAGGAAAUGUACACAAACAUCACCUGCACCAAGAAAUUUCAUCGUGCCAAGCAAAUGGGCGCCACGCUGCUCAAGAAUAGUCCCAAUGUUUCCAAUGAACGCAGUGCCAUCGAGUACUACGAUCUAAUGAAUAACUAUACUGAUGAUCUCCGAAUCUUGCAAAAGGCCUUAAGACGACAGAUCAAGGAAUAUGUGGACUCUACUUUGGCAGAGGCUGACCGCAAGGAGGCCAUUGGAAUAGCCAUUCUUGUCGUGGUGCUCCUGGUGUCUCCCGUCAUCAUUGUGCUGGUCAAGAAUGCCGCUGCCACAAUUCAACUCUACGCCGUCAAUCUCUCCCAGAAGGCCAAGGAGCUGAAGCGGGAGAAACGCAAAAGCGACUCCCUUCUCUUCCAAAUGCUGCCCCCCAGUGUGGCCAUGCAACUGAAGCAAACCCAGAAGGUGCCCGCCGAGCUCUACGAGGCAGUAACCAUCUACUUUAGCGACAUUGUCGGCUUCACCGAAAUCGCCGCACAUUGCACUCCCCUGGAGGUCGUUACUUUUCUCAAUUCCAUUUACCGCGUGUUUGACGAACGCAUCGAGUGCUAUGACGUCUACAAGGUGGAGACCAUCGGCGACUCCUACAUGGUGGCCUCCGGUCUGCCGGUGAAGAACGGGAACAAGCACAUCAGCGAGAUAGCAACAAUGGCGCUUGAUUUGCUGGACGCCUCGUCGGUGUUCCGGAUCCCGAGGGCAGGCGAUGAGUUCGUUCAGAUCCGGUGCGGCGUGCACACAGGACCGGUGGUGGCCGGGAUCGUGGGCACCAAGAUGCCGCGCUACUGCCUCUUUGGCGACACGGUGAACACGGCCUCGCGUAUGGAGAGUACCGGCGAGGCCCAGAAGAUACAUAUCACCGAGGAGAUGCACGACUCCCUGCAGCAAGUGGGCGGCUUCCGGACGGAGCACCGAGGUCUCAUCGACGUCAAGGGCAAGGGCUUGAUGAGCACCUACUGGCUGACCUGCAAAGAUGGGCCAGUGAGGGCUCGGGAGGAGAUCUCAUGGCGGGCGGAUAUGCAGCCAGUUUUUUUGGACCAUCUAAAGCUGCAUCCGCCAGUGGACUACAAGCUGCCGAAAAGGAAAUGACUGGCCAAUUCGGCAGGAUAUUGAUCUAUCAAUAUUACCCUUAAAUCUGUCACCAAGCAUUCAAAAACAUACGGCUAUUGAGCUCUUUAGAUGUGCGUGUGUUGGUGUUUCUCCGUCUCUGUAUCUCUUAGUGUGUCCUUGUUCACUCUUUGUCCCGGUCCCCAUUCUUAAAAGC